GGACACCACACAUGCGCUAUAUUGAAGAAGAUGGCGGACAUUUCGUUGAUCGUCAUAUCGAUUCGCGAUUUGUUUUUCUGAAGACUUGUAAAAGAUGUUACACGAGCUUCUUUUAGCGUUAUCUGGAUAUUCUGGUGGUGCAUUUGUGCACAAAGAAUUUGCAGGACUUAAGGUUGCCGCUGACUUGCCAUUUAUCCAUGGAAGUGAAGUUGAUCUCCUAAAUAGAAUUUGCAAACUUGGAUCCUACUUCAGAAAGUUUCAGACAUUUUGCAGAAAGUAUUCAGAAGUUUCUCCUGUUAUAAGAGAUAAUGGAACAAUACAACAGGAGCUGUUUGGUUUGUACAUCCAGGCAUUCUGCAUUGGGUUGGAUCAAGUUCUUGAUUCCUACAGGAAAUGUCUGAUUGAUUUAGAAAAACAGAUUCUUGAAGAUCCCUAGGUACCCCUGACUUAUCUUGAACACAGCCUGGAACAGUAUCAAGUUUUGUUUCCUGCACUUUGGACAGUUAUUGAGCAGAUUCAAGCUAGUAAGGCCUCAGGAUGUCAAAUCCUGGACAUUUUGCACCAAAGUUGUAAUUGUGGUAUCCCUGAUGUGAGGGAUGCUUUAGAAAGAAUCCUUUUUGUGUGUCAUGGUGUAAUGUAUAAACAACUCAGUGCCUGGGUCCUCUAUGGAAUUCACAUUGAUAAACACAAUGAGUUCUUUAUCAAGGAGGUCACUGCUGCUGACGACCAGACAGUGAAUACGACAGAUGAUGAUGUGUCAAGUAGCAGCAAUGACCUGGGAAUACCUGGAAUAACAGGAAGGCAGCUAGCAGAAAUAUUGGAAGGUGAAGCAAAGAAGCAAACACCUGCUCAAUGGCAGUUUAGAAUAAAUGCAGAAAUGCUGCCAUCUUAUAUUCCCACAAGAGUGGCUGAUAAGGUUUUGUUUAUUGGUGAAUCAGUUGGAAUGUUUAAAGGAUCCAAGAAAACAAAAAAUUCUGUUUACAGCAGUUCUGUUAUUCAGGAUAAAGAACUUGAGUUCACCAAGUCUUUAUAUUCACUUCAACAACAGCCUAAGUUUAACUUAAUGUUGUUUGAAAAUGAAAUUGACAAGAUCAGGUUGUGUGUUGCUGAGCAUCUUUGGAAGCUUGUUGUUGAGGAGGUGAACCUACUGAAACAUUUACAGAUUUUGAAAGACUUUUUCUUACUGGGAAGAGGAGAACUGUUCUCAGCAUUCAUAGAACAUGCCAGAGGUUUACUUAAACUGCCUCCAUCAGAUAACACCUCUCAUGAUACCAAUGCAGCAUUUCUGCAAGUUCUUAGCAAGUUUCUUCCUGAUGAUGAUGAAGCUGCUUCUAUGUUCACUGUAAUGGUUGAUAAAGAAAUUACUCAACAUGAGAAAAAGAAGAAAGCUACAACAACAGAGCAGUCAGUUGUAGUGGUAUGUGGAUGGGACUGUGUUAAACUUCAGUAUGAUGUCCAGUGGCCAUUACACAUUCUAUUCCACCCUGCUGUGCUAGAAAAAUAUAACAACCUCUUUAGAUUUUUGUUGAAAGUUAAACGGACUCAGCUGGAUCUUCAGCGAGUCUGGGCUGCUUACAUGGGUACUAAACACUUAUCUACUGCUCAACUAUCAAAUAUGACAAAGAUCUGGCUUGCAAGGAUGCAUAUGGCUUUCCUGGUAGAUAAUUUGCAGUAUUACCUCCAGGUGGAUGUACUAGAAGCACAGUACAGUCAGUUGGUGGAGAAGAUCAACAGUACAAGAGACUUUGAAUCAAUCCGUUUGGCACAUGAUCACUUUAUUACUACCAUGAUGGCGCAGUCAUUCUUGCUCAUGAAACCGGUUUCACACUGCCUUGAUGAAAUCCUGAACUUGUGCCAGUCAUUCAGCUCGCUUCUUCUUCAGACAGGCAGCGCUGGCCUAACACACAGAGAACUGACACAGAUUGAGAAUAUUACUAAGACUUACGAAAGACAGACAAUCCUGUUGUUUCAAAUCUUGUCGAGUGUACGGAGUCAUCAAGCAAGUCCUCACCUGGCUCAGCUGCUGCUAAGAAUUGACUUCAAUAAACACUUCUCGUCAUCUUCAUCGUCAUUAUCAACAACUGUUAGUUCUUCAGAAGCCUCUGGUUGAGCGUGACAGUUGAUGAAAUCAGGAAUGCACGUAUGGACAGGACAAGACAUUUCUUACAAACGCGAAAAGAGUGAAAGAAUCUAGAUACUCUAACGACGUUUAGAGUGGCUGGUUGCCAGACUUUGCAGCAGACAUAUCAAUUGUUGGAUUUCCAUUUGUCUCAAGUGCUCUCCAUGGUGUUAUUUAGGGUGGGAAUUGGAAAGGUUAUUUUUGGGAGUUGUUAUUACUGGAGAUUAGAAAUAAGCCCAGAUUAUAGAACGCACUUAACUGGAGAUGAUGUGCACGCUCUGAUUCAAUUAGUUAAUAGCUAUUGACUUUUGUAUUGACAAACUAGGGGAAGAUAUAGAAAAGCAAUGGAUCAUGGAUUUCUUUGUUUUAUAUGGUUCAAAUUUAGCCAUGCGAGAUGCUGGACGAGGAUAAGAAUCUAGAGCGGAAGGAGAGUCAUUUCCAAGCUUUUUCGGUGUUCCUGACUUCCCCAAACGAUAAAAAAUACGAGAUGUAUUGCUCACGAGUAAUAAAAACACUCGCAAAAGCGUUACUAAAGGUAAUGUAAUUAAUUUAAUAUUUUGUAGAAACACGAAAUAAAAGUUUCCAAGUAUA